CCAGUGUGUCCAGUGCCGUGGCUACAGUGUGCGGAAGUCCGGGAGAAGAGUGCUUUUGGGGGAAAUUUUCAGCAGCCAUCAGUGGAGCCCAACAAGUGUCCCACUCCUCUGUGAUCCAUUUGAUGCAAUAGUUGCCACACUUUCGGGACUCUUUCACCGCCAUAUCAGUGUCUUCGCCAGCCAAGUCCAAGGAGAGCAUCUCGAGCCCACUGGGCGGCUCUGACUGGGGACAUUUUCUCGACACCCACAGAGACUAAUUGGAUUUCCGUGGAACUGGCCGCAAGGAUGGGACGUCUGAAGGCUGCCCGAGUGCUCCUCGUGCUGCUCCUGCCUCUGGUGCAGGCGCAGCAGCCGUCCCGCUCUCCCUACUCCCUCCAGUCGGCGGUGGAUGCGCUGCACCACCGCGAGGCGCAAUUGGCCUUGAGGGACUACCUGGACUUGCCACCGACCGACGAGGAGCCCGAGUACUGGCCAGAAGGAGAAGUCCCGAUAAACCCACCCUUUCAUGGUAGUCGUCGUGAGUUGAAUAAAAUGCUGGCAAACUAUCUGUCCCGAGAGGAGGAAGAUGAGAGAGAUGACAGGCUUCCAGUAAUGCCGAACGAUCAGGCGUUUGCCGAAGACUCACCAUACGAAAUGGCCAGAAAGCGAUCGAUUUUCCGCGAGAGAGAAGAUGAACUUCCAUAUCAAACAGUAUUCCGAGAGCGUGAAAUGGACGCCUUCAGUGAUCCGUCAUUCGCUCAGGAUUUCCUUGGAGAAAUCGAGCGGGAGAACAACGCUGAGCGGGAGGAGAAAUACAAGGAGGCUUUGCGAAGACUCUGGGAGAAGUACCAGCAGCAGGAGAACGAAAUCGAGAGGGCGUUGUUUGAGGACAGAAGCCCAGGAAGAUUCUAUGAGUCGCGAAAAACAGCCAAUUUCCCAGCUAUGUAUGCCGCUCCAAUUCCCGAAAAGCGACGCACUUUCCCGGCUCUUCCGUGGCUUCCGGCAUCGCGCAAGAAGCGUUUCCCAGUGAGCAAGAGAUCCCCGGCUCCUGAGGAGGUCAACGUGUCCGGCACUGAUGAGAAGGUUGUGAAGGAUUUACAGGGAAUCUUCGGUGAUGGAGACAAUGAGAGCAAGAAGAAGCGCUCCAGCGACACCAAGGAACACUCUCAUGACCACGACCACGAUCACUCGGAGGAGCACCACGACCACGAGAACCAUCAGGACCACGAGGAUGAGCCAGAGGAUGACAAGAAGAAGAAACGUGCGGCUGAUGAGAAGAAGAAGACCAACCUUGAAGUUGUGAAAGACGAUCAAAUCAUCCCCGGGGAUUUGAUUGACGAGACGAGAAAAAAGUCCAUUCAAUGGUCAAAGUACUUCGGAAUUGAUCGCAAGAAGAAAUCUGGCUACAUCAAUGACAAGUACAAGAGCAUGAUGAAGAAGGCGGAGGAGUAUCCGCUGCAGCACUUCCGGGUCCACGAUAUUGGUGAGCAGCGCGAGCUUCAGCGCGAGCACCGCGACAAGAAGCAAGUGAGUGAGGAUAAGCUGGAGAAUAUGGACCAGAAACUGAAGAACAUCGAAGAUCUCAUCAUUGAUGAGACCAUCAAGUACACUGGCGCUCAUGAGGGAAUCUCUGAUCCUGAAGAUAUCCAGCGACUGAAGGAUCACGUCAUCUCACGACUGGCCACAGCGUACAGUCUGGAGAAGAUGCGAAAGGCUCUGGAGAGACUCAAGGACUCCGUUGAAGCCGAGCGCCAUCUGAUGCUGAAUGAGAUUGAACCUUCCAAGGCUCUGGACAAGGACAAGGACAAGAGAGUUGCUGUGAAGAAAGAGAAGGUGGAUUUUGAGAACAAAGACCACAAGAUCGAGUCCGCCACAGAGAAAGUGACUCAGGAGGAGCCAGAAAAUGGGCUCGAGAAGGAGGAUGUGGACAACAGGAAGAAGAAGCGCACAAAUAUCAAUCGCUACGAUUACCCAAUUGGUCAGAUUGCCAACAACUUGGGGGAAUUCGAGGAGGAACUCGGCGCAGGACAUUCUGAUCUCAUGGCUGAUCCCUAUAGCUUGGGCGGCGGACGCUCCUUCGCCCAGUGUCCCCUUGUGGAUGCCAUCGAGCGACGCUGCCGCGGAGUAGACCUUCUCAGCGGUGAUCUCCAGCAGGACCUCCUCUCAGUGUGUCUCAGCCACCAGCUUUGCUACAUUUGCGGUACUUCUCUCACGGCAUGCGACUUCCAAUACUUGGCAGAGGCUGACUCGAUGUGCAACGCGAACACUGAGUGCCAAUCCGCCGCCCGAUCUGCGCUGAUGAUCCUCCGCGGCAAUCCAGGGCCUCAGUUGGGACCGCGCGAGUGCUCCCGGAACCCCUGUCUGAGUGUCUAUCUCCGCGACAUCGGCUACUAAGCGCCGAAGAGCCCCUCAUACUGAGCUGAAUCAUAUAGUGUGGUCCCAGCCGGACCCGAGGUCCCCUCGAGAGCAGCUUCUUAACUUUACAGAGAUGAACUUAGUGGUAAUUUUUGGGAAUAUACACAAUUUUUCGGGCAUUUUAAUCACUCGAGAGAUAUAAAAUCUCGCAAGUAAUGUGGAAAUGAGAGACCUCCAUAUAUAAAUAUACAAAUGUUUGCACUUGACGGAGGCGCGAUUUCUAUGUGGGCGGCAAUGGUGCGAAAGCUCUCGAUGGCAAAUGGCAGAAAAUCAAUUUCCAUCGAGGGGGAAGAGAACAACAAAUCGAGGCUGAACAACAGAAUGACUUUUGUUUAUUCCUUUUUUUCGGGCAAAAGAGGAGAGAAAAAAAUGAUACCAAAUCUAUGUAAUUAUUGUGAAAUUUAUUCCUCUAUAAACAAAAAAAAAAUUGUUGAUCAUAAAAUCUACCAAGGAAGGAAAACAUAUAUAUAUAUAUAUUAUUAAAUGUAAACUAAUUGAGAUGAAUAACUAUUUGAAAAAUGGAAUAUUCUUAGUAUUGUAAGACAUUAUGACAAAAAGAAAAUCUUAAUUGGAUUGAUAAUGGUGGAAAAGAAAAAAAUAUUUUUGUGUAAGAUUUUGGAAUUUUGACUAUCUCAUUUCUUCAGCAAUUAUUUCCAUAUAAUUAAAUUCUCGAUAAAUUUAUGUGCACUGGAUGACGUGUCAAAAAAUAUCUUGGGACAUAACAUAACAUAUACUUAAACACAUAUUCUCUGACAAUAAUUAUAAUGAAAAAAAAUGGCACAGAGUUGAGAGAUGAAAAAUCUGUUACAGAGUUUUUAGGUUUCCACGGUGGAAUUGUGAAGUUGACUUUUCAAAAAAAAUCGUGAUCCGAAGGAACAGUCGAUCUAAAAUGUGAAAUCCCAUUCAAUGUUUAUUAUUGGUAAUGUCUCAAUAAAGUAAAAUAUCCAUUAAAUAAUAAUGUAUAAUA